AUGAAAGGAUCGAAUUUCGGAGCCUGUGAAAGGCCACCAAGUGUAAGUAAUUUUAUUACGGGACAACUCAUGAUGUUCAUAUCGAUCUAUUAUGCGCCUCUGCAUCUAGCAUUGGGUAGACCUCAUACAAUAACUGUCCUAGCUCUACCAUAUCUUUUGUUUCAUUUCUUCUGGAACAAUCACAAACACUUUUUUGAUUAUGGAUCUACUACCAGAAAUUCAAUGCGUAAUUUCAGCAUUCAAUGUGUAUUCCUGAAUAAUCUCAUUUUUCAAUUAUUCAACCAUUUCAUUUUACCAAGUUCAAUGUUAGCCAGAUUAGUCAACAUUUAUAUGUUUCGAUGCAACAACAAGAUGUUAUUUGUAACAAGUAGUUUUGUUGGUGGUUUAAUUGGUCACAUUUUAUUCAUGAAAUGGCUUGGAUUGGUAUUAGUCUGGAUACGGCAAAAUCGAUCUAUUAGAUCGAAUAAGUACAUUCGAUCUAAUAAGUACCUUCUAUCAGAAUUGAGAAAUUCUAUGGCUCGGAUCUUUAGUAUUCUCUUAUUUAUUACCUGUGUUUACUAUUUAGGCAGAAUACCGUCACCCAUUCUUACUAAGAAACUGAAAGAAACCUCAAAAAUGGAAUAAAGGAUGGAAAGUGAGGAAGAAAGGGUGGAAAGUGAGGAAGAAAGAGAUGUAGAAAUAGAAACAGCUUCCGAAAUGAAGGGGACUAAAUAGGAACAAGAGGGAUCCACCGAAAAAGAUCCUUCCUUUUUAUCAGAAGGAAAGGCCGAUCCAAACAAAAUCGAUGAAACAGAAGAAAUCCGAGUCAAUGGAAAGGAAGAUGAAUUCCACUUUCGAUUUACAGAGACAGGCUAUAAAAAUAGACCCGUUUCUCAAGAGUCUUAUCUGAUGAAUAUCAAUGAAAAUCAUGACAAUUCAAGAUUCAAAAUAUUUGAUAAACCUCUUGUGACUCUUCUUUUCGAUUGGAAGCGUCCAUCGACCAUUUCGCUACAUAAAAAAUAAUAAAUUUGACAAGGCUGUCCGAAAUGAAAUGUCACAAUAUUUAUUCGACGUAUGCAAAAGUGAUGGAAAAGAAAGAAUCUCUUUUACAUAUCCCACUAGUUUAUCAAUUUUUUUUGAAAUGAUAAAAACAAGGAUAUCCCCGCGUACACUCGAAAAAGCUUCAUCUAAUGAACUCUACAACCCUUGGGUUUAUAUCAACAAACAAAAAGAAAUAAAUUUCAACAAGGAGUUUCUAAAUCGAAUUGAAGCUCUAGACAAAAAAAUCUAUUUCUUUGAAUAUACUCGAAACAAGGACUCGAUUGUGUAAUGACAAUUAUACAAAGAUACUUAUCAAAAAGCUAUGGUCCUUUCUUGAACGGAUCAUAUCGGAGAACAAUCUACAUUUCGCCUUCAAUUCUAAAAAAAACUUUUAUCGAAAAUUUCAUAGAGAAAUUUGGGAUAAAUCGGAUUCAUGGUAUCCUUCUUCCGAAUACUGAUUACCAAGAAUUUGAAGAGAAAGUAAAUAGAUUUGAUAAAAAACCAUUAUCAACAGAAAUUGUUGAUUUCUUAACUUUCAUCAGUAAAUUUGUUAGAGAAUCAGAAUCCACCAAUCCUAAUGAUGAAAAAAUUAACACAAAAUCGAUUAGAAUAAAAGAAAUCAGUAAAAAAGUCCCUCGAUGGUCAUACAAAUUAAUUUCCGAAUUAGAACAAGAAUCGGGAACAUCAAGAAGGCGUACCAGUAGAUCAUGAAAUUCAUUCAAGAAAAGCCAAACAGGUAGUAAUUUUUACUGAUAUCAAGCAGGACACUGAUACUAAUACUAAUACUAAUACUACGGAUACUAAUACGCUCGAUGAAACAGACGAGGUGACUUUGAUACGCUAUUCACAAUAAUCAAACUUUGAGCGAGAUAUAAUCAAAGGUUCUAUGCGGGCUCAAAGGCGUAAAAUAGUUAUUUGGAAAUUGUUUCAAACAAAUGCGCAUUCCCCUCUUUUUUUGGACAGAAUCAAAAAAUUGCAUCUUUUUUCUUUUGAUAUCUCCGGGUUGAUUAAACUAAUUUUUAGAAAUUGGUUGGGGAAAGGAAAAGCAUUCAAAAUUGUAGAGUAUACAGAAAGGCAAGCAAAAAUGGAAGAGCAAGCAAAAAUAGAAGAAAAAAAUGGAAGAAAAGAAGAACAAAAUAAAAGAGCAAGCGCGAAUAGAGAUAGCAGAGUUCUGGGAUACCGUUCUUCCAUUUUCGCAAGGAAUAAGAGGUUGCAUGUUACUAACUCACUCUAUUUUUAGAAAAUAUAUUCUAUUCCCUUCAUUGAUAAUUGCGAAAAAUAUUGGACGUAUAUUCCUAUUUCAACGUCCUGAGUGGUCUGAGGAUUUCCAGGAAUUGAAUAGAGAGAUGCAUGUUAAAUGUACCUAUAAUGGUGUUCCAUUAUCCGAAACAGAAUUUUCGAGAAAUUGGUUGACAGACGGUAUUCAGAUAAAAAUCUUAUUUCCUUUAUGUCUGAAACCUUGGCACAAAUCGAAACAACGAUCCUCUCAGAAAGAUCUAAUGAAAAAAGAAAAAGAUGAUUUUUGUUUUUUAACAAUUUGGGGAAUGGAAGCUCAAGUUCCUUUUGGGUCGCCCCGACAACGACCUUCCUUUUUUAAACCCAUUUUUAAGCAACUCAAAAAAAAAAUUGGAAAAUUAAAAAAUAAGUAUUUUCGAGCUCUAAUAGUUCUCAAAGAAAAAACAAAAUUACUUGAAAAAGUUUCAAAAGAAACAAAACAAUGGGUUAUGAAAAGUGUUAUUUUUAUAAAAAAAAUAAUAAAAGAACUUUCAAAAGUAAAUCCAAUUUUAUUAUUUCGAUUAAGCGAAGUAGAAGUAUAUGAAUCGAGUGAAAUUAAAGAAGAAAAAGAUUCCAUAAUCAGCAAUCAGAUGAUUCACGAAUCAUUUAGUCAAAUUGCAUCUCCGAGUUGGACAAAUUCUUUAUUGACAGAAAAAAAAAUCAAGGAUCUGACUGAUAGAACAAGUACAAUUCGAAAUCAAAUAGAAAGAAUCACAAAAGAGAAAAAAAAAGUAACUCUAAGAAUAAAUAAUCUUAGUCCUAACAAAACAAGUUAUAAUGCUAAAAGAUUCGAAAAAUGGCAAAUAUUAAAAAGAAGAAAUGCUCGAUUAAUCUCUAAACUACCCCUUUUUUUAAAAUUUUUCAUUGAAAAAAUAUAUACAGAUAUAUUUUUAUCUAUGAUUAAUAUUCCCAGAAUGAAUACAGAACUUUUUCUUGAAUCAACAAUCAAAAAAUUAUUGAUAUCGAUUUACAAUAAUGAAAGAAACCAAGAAAGAAUUAAUAAAAAAAAGAAAAAUCCAAUUCCGUUUAUUUCGACUAUAAAAAAGUCACUUGAGAAUAUUAGUAAUAGUAAAAGAAAUUCACAUAUUUUU